GCGCGAUUGGACAGACUCAGGGACGUUCAGUGGCGCCGCGACGCUCCUUGGUUUGACUUUUAUUUUUCAGUUGAGUUCCCUGACUCGGAGACUUGAGUGUGUCCUGAGUAUAGAGUUUCGGGUUUGGGGUGAAGGGGUUAGGGAAGAGGGCUUGGGAAGAAAAUCUGGUGAGGGAGAAAUAACUGCGGAAGCAGUACGGAGGAGACGGACGUGGCCCUGGAAUCUGGGGUCUGUGGAGGGGCUGCGGACCGGGAGAGGAAAGUUCGAAUCUGCAAAGGGAGAGACCUCGCCUGUGCUGGAGGGUUGGGACCUGGAGCAGUGAGAGAGUCGAGAAUGGAAUGAAUUGGAAAAAGGAGUACAAGAUUCGGACGUCCUGAAGGUGUGAAAAAGACAGCAUGAACUUUACCCCAACACACACCCCUGUCUGCAGAAAGCAAACAGUUGUCUCCAAACGUGGUGUUGCCAAUGAUUCCACCAAGAGGAGGGGAAUGGCAGAUUCACUGGAGUCAACCCCCUUGCCUUCCCUAGAAGAUCACCUGGCCAAACUCUGUCCUUCUAAGGACCUCCUGGAAUAUUAUCAAAAGAAGAUGGCUGAGUGUGAGGCAGCAAAUGAGGACUUACUGAAGAAACUGGAACUCUACAAAGAAACUUGUGAAGUACAGCAUAAACUUGAAUGUGAUUUACAGGAGAAAGAGGAAGAGAUUGAUGAAUUGCAGAAAGCUCUAAGUGAUAUGCAGGUCUGCCUCUUCCAAGAAUGGGAACAUGUUUUACGCCUCUACUCAGAAAAUGACCGACUGAGAAUCAGGGAACUAGAAGACAAGAGAAGAAAGAUCUAGAAUCUCUUGGCUCUUGUGGGAACAGACACUGGAGAAGUGACCUAUUUUUGUAAGGAGCCUCCUCACAAAGUCACCAUUCUCCAAAAGACUAUCCAGGCUGUGGGUGAAUGUGAGCAGAAUGAAUCUUCAGCUUUCAAAGCAGAUCCUAAAAUAAGCAAAAGAAGACCAUCAAGAGAAAGAGGAGAAAGUUCUGGGCAUUAUCAAAGAGACAUACAGACGCUGAUCCUACAGGUGGAAGCACUGCAGGCUCAGCUGGGAGAACAGACCAAACUUUCUCGAGAACAAGUGGAAGGGCUCAUGGAGGAUAGACGGAUUCGCCUCGAGGAAGUACAAGUUCAGCACCAGAGAAAUCAGGACAAAAUCAAAGAACUAACCAGAAAUCUUCACCAUACCCAAGAGCUGCUCUAUGAGAGCACCAAAGAUUUUCUGCAACUCAGAUCUGAAAACCGAAAUAGAGAGAAGUCAUGGAUGCUUGAAAAAGAUCAUUUGAUGUCAAAGAUUAAGCAAUAUAGGGUGCAGUAUAAGAAGAAAGAAGAUAAAAUUGGAAAAGUGUUGCCUAUCAGGCAUGAGAGUCAUCAUGCCCAAAGUGAAUAUAUUAAGUCCCUAAAAGAUAAGUUAGUACAAGAGAAAAAGCUGUCCAAUAUGUACCAGGAGCAGUGCAUUUCCUUAGAAGAAGAACUUGCCUGAAUUUGUGAGGAAGAGGGAAUGAGGAGUGAGAUCUUCAAGGAUCGCGCUAACAAGAUGGGGAAACGUUUACAGAUAACGCACAAACGCUAUGAAGCAGUGGAGCAGCGACGUAUCUUGGAAGUAGAAGGCUUUAAGACAGAUACUAAGGUUCUCCGAUAGAAACUGAAAGUGGAGCAAAUGUUGUAUAAGGUAACAGUUAAUGCCCUGGCAAAUCAGGAUCUCACCAUUCUGUGUGAAGUCCAUGACAGCAAUAGACAGGCACAUAAGAUACAAGGAGAAUUGAAGAAUCUUAAGUCCAAAGUGUUUGGUCUGGAAAAUGAACUUAGAGUCUGUUGAUGUCUACUUUUGGAAAUGGCCCCCAUUUGGAAGAGGUGUGCUUCUUGAAACCUCAGGACAAGGUCAUCUGCUGCCAGACAAUGUAGACCUGAGUUGACUAGAGUGGUGGCAUUAUUCUUCAUUAUUAUGAAGACAGGGUGAAGAAUCAAGGACCACUAGGAAAGCUUUUCUUCAUACUCAGCUUGCUUUAUCAUUUUUGCUGUCAUUUUACAUUUGUGCGGAGUGGGGGCCUCAUCCCAAACAACUGAGAAGCUUUCAUUAUUUAUCCCGUCUGUAUUGACAGGUUUUUGGGUUUUUUUUAGAAGGCAGUGAUGAUGAAAGCUUAGGAAGAAGGUAUUUUGCAAUGAGCUUGACUGAGUUGUCUGUGGGAAGAACACUUUCCCUAAAGAGAGAGAAGCACUCAUGGAGGCUGCCUUUCUCCUGAGCUCAGGAAGAAGUCAGCACAUCGCAACUUGUCACAUUGGAGUAGGCGCUCAUUCUAUUUCACCUUCCGUCACGCACAGAACCUCAAUCACAUUUGGGCAAUUUCAUGGUGUUUCACCAGAGGGCACUAGAGACUCUACUCAAACAAAAUGUCCAUCUGGAUAAACAAAGGAGACACUUUGUCAAGGUGAAUGAAACUGAAAUAAUCCUUAUAUGGAAAGUUUGAUACUUUAUCA